UCAAGAUGGCGGUCGCGGCUUGGCUGACGCUCUGCGGGGCGACGGCGCUGCUGCUCUUGCUCCUGUUGCUGUGGCAACGCGGGAGGCCUACUGGCGGCGCGGGCCGGGUGGCGGUAGUGGUGCUGGGCGACCUGGGCCGCAGCCCCCGCAUGCAGUACCACGCCCUGUCGCUGGCCCGGCGCGGCCGCCGCGUCGCCUUCCUCGGCUUCGCGGGCACGAAGCCGCACAGCAAGAUUAUAAGUAAUGGAAACAUACAGAUCGUUCACAUUGCUGAGCUCAAGAUCUGGCAAGUUGGGCCCAAGGUUUUCCAGUAUAUUGCAAAAGUGAUUUUGCAAAGUAUCCAGCUGUUGUAUACAAUGCUGACGAUAGCAAAGCCAGGCUAUGUGCUUCUCCAGAAUCCUCCAGGUCUGCCCAGUAUAGCGGUCAUCUGGGCGUUUUGUCUUCUGCGAAACAGCAAGCUAAUAAUUGAUUGGCACAACUACGGGUAUACUAUAAUGAGCCUGACCCAUGGAAAGAGACACCCUAUCGUUCGGAUUGCUAAAUGGUAUGAAGAAUUCUUUGGCCGUCUGUCUGACUAUAACAUUUGUGUGACUAAUGCAAUGCAAGAGGAUCUUCAGGUGAAUUGUAACAUCAGAGCAAUAACCCUCUACGACAAGCCAGCUUCUUUCUUUAAGGAAACACCUUUGAGCGACCAGCACCGGUUGUUCAUGAAACUCGCCGAAGACUAUGCUCCAUUUAAAGCCCAGCUUGUAGCAGAGUCCAUCCCCCCAGGUGAUGUUGAACAAUCUGCUUUUACACAACUUGACAUCAGAAGUGGAAAUGUGACGCACCGUACGGGCCGGCCAGCCCUUCUCAUCAGCAGCACAAGCUGGACAGAAGAUGAAGAUUUUUCCAUCCUGUUAAAAGCUUUAGAAGACUAUGAACACUAUCUCAGUGAAGGAGCAAAACUUCCUCCUCUAGUGUGUGUGAUAACAGGCAAAGGGCCUCAGAAGGAGUAUUACAACAAACUGAUUGCAGCACUGCAUUUCAGGCAUAUCCAGAUUUGUACACCCUGGCUGGAAGCGGAGGACUACCCCCGUCUGCUCGGCUCAGCGGAUUUAGGCGUUUGUCUCCACAAAUCCUCCAGCGGCUUAGAUCUACCCAUGAAGGUGGUGGACAUGUUCGGCUGCUGCCUGCCUGUGUGCGCAGUGCAUUUCCAGUGUUUACAUGAACUUGUGAAGCAGGAAGUAAAUGGCUUGACGUUCAGGGACUCGAGUGAACUGGCAGAGCAGCUGAAGAUGCUUUUCUGGGAAUUUCCCAGGGUGGAAGGCAAGCUUGGUGAAUUCCGAAGAAAUCUCCGCACAGCCAAACAGCAGCGGUGGGAUGAAAGCUGGGAACAGACAGUAUUUCCUCUGUUUAGCAGUGGUUUAGCUGAUUAGACGUAGAAGUUAAUUUAUGACUAGGGCAUUCCCAAAUUUUGUAACCCACCGAGAGUGUUUAUGAAUUAAAAAUUCUUUCUUUAAAAAAGAAAAAAAAAGUGUUCUAUGGUGAAUAAAACUGUACCUGGAGUUUGGUCACAGGCACACACA